CAGCACCAGCUGUGGCUGCCCGCGUCCUCCCCGGCAUGGGGGCCGGGCUCCGGUCGAGACCCCGCGGGCGGCGCUGACUUGAGUGGUACCCGCCGCUCCGUUCCUCUACCCCCGCAGUCCCGCGGGGAGUAGGCCGGGCGAGCGGCAGCUAGCGCCCGCGGGCGGGCGGCGCGGGGCUCGGUGCGGCGGGCCGCGGGGCUCGGGACCCGGAAGCAGAAGCGGGGCCGGGAGGCGGCUGGAUGGGAAGGAGCGACGGCGGGCGGUGAUGGGGGAGCAGCAGAGCUCGCUGAGUGCCCCGCAGGCGGCCUCCGCCGCGCCGCCGAGCCCGGCCGGGCGCCCUUGGGAAUUCAGCCCGGACGACCCGCCUCAGCCGCGAGAGGCUGUCCCGGACGGUGAGGCGGCCGAGCUGGGGCGAAGUGGAGACCCGCCGCCCGCCCCCAGCCCCGAUGGGCAAGGGGCCGAAGAGGAGGAGGCGGAGGCUGUGGCCGGGCCCGAGGAGCCGCCGGCCGCGGAGGAGCCGGCGACUCUGGCGGAGGAGGGGCCGGGGCAGGAGGGGGACAACGGCCGCCCCCGCCCCCCCCGGCGGCAACUGUACUGCACAGUCUACUGUGUGGAGAACGACAGGCCGGCUGCGGCCCCCGCUUCCCCCCGCGGCGGCACGGACAGUGGCGGCCCAGGUGCAGGGCAGCCCCCGGCGCGGCGCGGGGUGGCGGCAGGCGGCGACCCGCUGUCGGCGGGCGGCAGCAUCGAGGUGGUGGACUUGUACCUGCUGCCCGAGCCCUUCUCCGGGCUGAUCGCGGGCGAGUUCGGGCCGCUGCUGGUGCUGAGCUGCCGUGUGUGCCUGGAGGAGAAGCCCAUCAAGCCCCUGUCGUGCUGCAAGAAGGCGGUGUGCGAGGAGUGCCUCAGGAGGUACCUCAGCUCUCAGGUGCAGCUGGGACAAGCGGAUAUAAAAUGCCCAAUCACAGAAUGCAGCGAGCACCUGGAUGAAACAACUGUCCUCUAUAACCUGCCCCAUGACGACAUCAUCAAGUAUAAGUAUUUCCUGGAACUCAGCCGCAUUGACUCCAGCACCAAGCCAUGCCCUCAGUGCAAGCACUUUACAACCUUCCGGAGGAGAGGCCACAUUCCUACCCCUGCCAAAUUGGAGAACAAAUACAAAAUCCAGUGUCCAUCUUGCCAAUUUGUCUGGUGUUUCAAGUGCCACUCUCCCUGGCAUGAAGGUGUUAACUGCAAAGAAUACAAGAAGGGAGACAAGCUGUUGCGUCACUGGGCCAACGAAAUCGAACACGGGCAGAGGAAUGCCCAGAAAUGUCCAAAAUGCAAGAUCCACAUCCAGAGAACAGAAGGGUGUGACCACAUGACCUGUUCCCAGUGUAACACUAAUUUCUGUUACCGUUGCGGGGAGCGAUACCGCCAGCUCCGGUUCUUCGGAGAUCACACGUCAAACCUCAGUAUCUUUGGAUGCAAAUACCGCUACCUCCCCGAGAGACCACAUUUAAGGAGAUUAGUGCGAGGCUCUGUCUGUGCUGGAAAACUGCUCAUUACACCCCUAAUACUGGUUCUGGGACUGGCAUUGGGAGCCAUAGCUGUUGUAAUAGGUUUAUUUGUGUUUCCUGUCUAUUGCCUUUGUAAAAAGCAGAGGAAAAGGUCACGGACAGGUAUGCCCUGGUAAGGAUGGACCUUACUCAUCUGAACUGAGCUGGUCCUUCAAGGGCUAUACACGCUUUGUACAACAGAGCAAUACAGUGCUGGUUAACAGCAUUGAAACCACAGCCCUGGAAGAAGAAUGGGGGAUCUCCUGCUGUCUUCCCUCAAAUAAAAACACUACUGCAGACCAGAAAGCCUCUUUGCUCUGGCGCACUCUGAACAAGAUGGGCCCCCUGACUGCUGCUUUUUAAAUGUUUUGGGGUUUGGGUUUUAUUUUUUUUUUUAUUAUUACGUUGGAGGGGUUUUUUGAGUCUAAGUUUCUAAACUAGACAAUCAAAGUCUCUCUUGUAGCCACAACUCUUCUACCGAUUUGGCCUGUGAAGAAAGCAUUUAACUGCUAACAUGUGCUCCAUUUAACUUCAGUGUCGGCCUUUAAGGGGGAAAUGCUUAGAAGUGUUUGGACUCUUACUGUAUACUGAGCAUACUACUUUUGGUAUUAAAAACUACUUCUGUAAAUAACUUCCAUCACACAGCAUUCUGUUCAGCAUACCAAAACCCUGUCACAUGCCAGAGCACGACAGCUGGUUAUCUUCCAAGUCCUAGGCAAGAGUGUAAUUGCCACCGCCAAACUGCAGUGCCUCAGAGCGAAAUAAUGCUUAGUACUGAAGGUCCAUUAUACUUGCAAAUAUGCUGAUUGGGUUCAAGUCAGUAUUUAUGGCAGUCUAUUGAUGUUGACUGGGGAGAUGUGACAGAUUUGUUGGAAGAGUAUUGCAUUCUGAAAUCCUUCCAGUACAGAAAAAAAAAUUGAGGGAUUUAGAUAAGAGGAAGUGUUGUUGGCCUGUUCUGUCACAGAUAUAUCUGAAAUGUGUUUGCAGGGAAGCUGGAAACCUGCUCUUCUGACUUGGCAUAUAAAACACGUGUUACACACUAGUUGUGUGAAGAUAGACGGUGAAAUUUUAUAACCUAAAUAGCACGUUUUGUUUGUUUAAGUAGGCUGCAUAAGUCUUAGAGUAUCCUUUGAUGUCUCAUGAGGAAAAUCUGUGAAUUUUGGGUAAGGGGAGUGGUCAUUAAUUCUUAGGAGACCAUUUUGUCCUUAUUCUCCGCUUCCAGUGUUUCUCUUCCUGGCACAUUACAGAUCUGAAGAGAAUAGUUAUCCUUGCUCUUUUUUCCUAACUUCAGAGUGCUGCUAUUUGCUGCCAGACCUCUUUCUCAGUGCAAAACCACAAGAGCAAUGUAAUUCAGCGUUAGGAAUCAUCUACUGAGAUUUUUUUCACUUUUGAUUAUAAUCCAAAUUUAUCAUACAAAUAUAACUUAAAAAUAGAAGAAGAUAAAUUUAUGUAAGCAGAACACUGAAACAAUAAAGGAAGUAUCUACUUUAAAAAUACAAGCUGGUCUUAAAGAAGACUGGAUCUGUACUGUGAAAGGUACUUUUUUUUCAGUGUGUGUGUUUGAAGAUACGCGUGUAUAUAAAUAGUGAGAGGGGGAAGCAGGGAGAUGGCAAUGUCCUAAAGAGUUUACAGACUUCGGAGUCUAGGUCUGCAAAUAGCGUAUCAUUUGAGAGGAUGUACUUUGCACCACUUUCUUUAAAUAUUGUUAUUAAAUCUGAAUCUAGUUGUAAUUUUUAAGCAAAUAGUAUUCUGCCCUGCCAACAUAAUACUGUUACAAGAUACUCACUUUGACUUCAAAGCUUCAGUGGAAGAAACCAAUGAAUCUUGUUUACCUGGAAACACAAAUAUCAUCUUACCAUAGCUGGCUAGUAUGCUUGUUUUCUGUCAGCUUCUGGUUUUGUUUUCUUGGGUUUUUUUUCUUGUUGAAACAAUGUGUGCAAGCACAGUCAACAAGUACUUAAUAUUUCCUUUUGAAUUUAAGGGCAUGUUGACUCUGUUGUCCUAACAGUAGUAGUAUCUUUCUAAGAUGUGCAAAUUAAGCGGGGAAGCAAUGACAUUUAGAAGUGAAGUUCAAAGUGUAUCGUCAAUGCAAAUCCACCCAUUAAUUAGAUUUCUUCUUCUGUGAUACAUCAGUUUUCUAUUUGUGUUCUGUCUGAGGUUGGAAGCUGCCUUAAAAGUCUUGGUUUGAGUGUGUUUUCUGAGGCUAUACAUAUCAGUUGUCUUUGGCUUACUCAGGGAUUUUUAUUCCUCUCUUUAAAUGUCAAAUAAUGAAGAUAUUUUUGUAUUAUUUAGAAAAACCUUCAAACCUCAGAGUGAGAUAUAUAUAGACAGAUUUGGGUUUGCAAUGCAAUCUGUAAUAUGGUGUCAAACUAUUCCACAUGAGAAUAUUUUCGUACUUGAGAUUGUAAUUAACUAUACAGUGGGUUAAUUUCUUUUCUUUUCCUGGUUCUUUAUAAAUAUGUGAGAUAUUCGUACAGUCUUUGUAGCUGUUUUCACUCUGCUUUGUUUGCCAUUUUCAGUUUCUGAUGGGAAUUCAGAAAGAUCUGAAAUUAAGAUGUGAGAAUAAAGUGCAUUAAAGGGAACAUAUUAGAUCUGCACUUAUUUAUAUUCAGAAAGCAUGUCAUUGUGGGUGGAGGAAAGGAGCCCACAUCUCUGCUCCUAUGUUAUCAUUUCAUCUAGGCCAUUUUUAUUUUAUCUGUACAGAUUAAAUCAAAGGGAAGUGGUUCGUCAUUUUUUACACAUAGCAAAAAGACUCAUCUUUGACCUUGUAAAGAUGAGAGAGUCUAAUCUUCCUCUGUCAGUAGAAAAAAUAAUAGGAAUGACAAUAAUACUUGCUUUUGCUUUUCUGUAGAAUAGGAAAGUAUUUCAAGAGGCAGUCAGACUAGGAAUAUGGAAGUCUUUUUCCAUUCCUAUUGAAAUAUUCCCACUUGAAUCAUACAUAAAUACAGUUUUCCAUUAAUAUUGAGUAAUAAAAGCAACUGAAAUAGUAGUUUAAUACAAAACUUCAUUCAAUAAAAUGCUAGCUUUUAAGCAGAUCUUCUCAUAUCUUGUAUCAAAUCCUACAUACAUCAAAGACAUGUCAUUUGUUUUACAAGAAUUAAGUUAUCAGUUUGAAAGAAAUGGAAUUAAUUUAGUUGAAGGAAAUUCAAGAACAUUUUUAUUAUGUAAAUGUGGGGUUUUUUUGUAACUGUCCUCUAAAGAAACCAUCAGACUGUCCUACUCCAUCUUUAUUAGCAGAAAACUUCAUCAGGCAGCUGAAAUAAUCUGCGAAGGCAGACUUCACACUACUGUAUGCUGAUCAUCACUGAUCAUCAGGUUUGCUUUCAUCACAUUUAAUAUUUAAGAUUGUUUAUCCUUAUGCAAAGUUGUUGCUCACUGAUACCUGUAUUUGAACUAGGAAAUGCUUAAAUCCAUUCUACCUAGCAUUCUGUUUCAAGCUUGCCUGGAAAUGGCUCUACCUAUGCUCUUGAGUCUCCUUGCAUGCAUGCAGUUAGAGCUGGUGCCCUCCCUGCAGCGCCAUGCCGUGUGUGUAGGAAGGGACUGCUUUCCCUUUCGUCACUAAUAGUAAUUGGUUGUAUUUCACUAAUUGGGUCAGGUUUCAGGGCUGCUCAGCCAUGUCAGUAGCAGGGUAAUUCUGACUGCUGUGGCAUCUUGGAGCAUAGUUAGGUAUAUUUGCAGAGCUUAUCCAGGAGCUUGUGACUGGAAAAUAAUUGUGCUUUUCCUUGUGUCAACCUAUUAGUAAGACUACAAGCAAAAGGCAGAAGUGCAGUUCUGAGUAGCCUUAUGCUGUAUCUGACCCAUCUGUUUUAGGUCCAUGCGAAACAGUCUUCAUUUCUCACCACCCCUGUAAUAAACAACAUAUUCAUAUCUUUCAAAUGUCAUUAAAUAGUCACUUUGAGUGAUCCAUUAUCUUCCUUUGGGGCAGUGCAAAUGUAUAAGUAAGAUUUUGUAUGACUUUGGUAUUGUGAUGCUGACUUUGUAAUUCUUCCUGGUAUGGUAGAUGCUUUUUCAUUCACAUCUGUUUAUUGGUUCUGAAAGUUUGAUCAAUGUGAAGUUUUACUUUAUUAAAAAUAUUACUUUGCAGGGACUAUUGCCAAUUAAACAAGAAAGUGUUUGGGAUCACCAUCUGAUAUUCUUUUUAGCCAAGGGGCUUUCUGCUCUUCCAAAGACCGCCACAGCUUGUGUGAUGUGUAGGUAGGGCAGUAAUUCUGCCAGACCAUACAGAUUUUCCAGUGAUUGAAUUGUUUCUCUUGCCAGUUAGAUAUGAGAAAUUGUUUUAUAUUCAAUGGUCAAAUAGUUUGCCAUGCAGACUCUUUUAUUAUUUAGUUGUGGUGGUUUGUUUCUUGAGCAAACUUGGCAUCACUUAUAAUUCCUGGAAUUAUUGUUGUGUAGGUUUGAGCUGUGGAUUUUUUUUAUAUAGUUUAUAUUAGAUCUCAGAUUUUGCUGAUGGAAAGAAUCCUGCCUGAGGAAGUUGUGAGAGAAUUUCUUGGUUUCUUUUAAUUUUGCAGCCUUAUAGUAGCCAGUGGGUCAGCUUCAUUGCUGACAUCUGUCAUAGCCCUGUUUAAACCAGGGAAGUUGUACUCAUUUUUUUUUUUUAUCCUAGUGUGGAGUUUGGUCACAAAUACUUCCAGUAAAGAUAUUUGGAAAUGUGUUGAAGCCAUUGUGGAGCAACUUGAAAAUCUGGUUAAUUUCUGAAGAACUGCAAAUCACUAUGGAGCCAAUCCUCUCACUCGCAGAGUGAUGCUAUUUCUAGAGAGGGCAGGGAGUAGUGAAGAAUUUCCAAAUGAGAUUCUUACUAAAGCAGAUUGUCAGGGGAAGGAGUACUAGCUUUUCAUGUCAUAGAGACCUUCUUGAUGCUUCAAGUCACUAGUAAAGUUAGAAACAACAUCCACAGACAGUGUUAAAUAGCAUACCUGAAAAUUCUUUAUUCAUGUAACAGAUACUAACAUGGUGCAAGAAUUGGAAUUACAGCUCUUCAGUAUGUUUUGGAUUCAACACAUAAAUUUGAAAAAGAGGGUACAUUCAAAAAGUUACGUUGCUGAUAUAUUUGGUGGCUAGUCUUGCUACUGUUACAUGAAAAAACAGCUGCGCCUUGGUUCAACUGCAGGACUAGAAGUAUUUUCACUUCAGUACUACUGAAGCUGUAACAGAACACCCCCGAAGUUUUUUCUUAAUAAAGCUAACAAGUGCAGCUUACUGCAGUUACAAACUGUUGCUUCCUGGCUGAUUCUUCCUUAUCUGUCUAUGCAUAAGGGCUCAUGGUCUAUACAUUCUCUCUCCAGUAAGGAAUGGAAUGCUUACCUUAGGCAAUUAAUCACUGAUGGUCCUCUUAGGCUGACAGUGAAAUACCAUGAGGUAGGGAAAUCAAACCUGAUCUUGGAGUGCAUGCUUUGAUUUCAAAGAUAAAAAUGUAUAAUAAGCUUUAAUUGUGUACUACUUAGUAAAAAUACAUAAAUUUUGAAGCAUAAUUCCAGCUGUUUAUAAAUACAUCUGUUUAAGAAACAGUAAUAGGGUAGUUGUAAUAGCAGUUAGUUUAUUAAAAAAAGCUCACGGUGCAAAAGAAAAUCUUUUGGAGCUUUUUUGGCCAAUCAUAACUUAAAAACAAACAAAAAAAACUUACUGUGUCAAAACAUUUUUUUGGCAUAAACGUGGAUUUUGCAAGUACCUGGUGAAACACAUGCUUAACCGCAUUCAGUGUUGAAAACUUGUAAUUCUGAAAACAGUAUUGUUAAAGUUUUAAUCCACUGUCACUGAGCAUGAUGUUACUAAUACAAUGCCACAUUUACCUCAUUUUUAGAAGGAAAAACUACUUACAGAAUCCAGACAAGCUGUUCAGAUGUUUUAAACCUGUCCUAUAAAAGUGCUGAUGCAGUCAAGAAAUAUUUCCAUGCCUUAUGAAAGUUCCAGAUAAGCAGGUGGACUCAGUCUUUAGUCAUGGACUAUAUUUCAUAUAAAAAAAUGCACUCUUAUUAAGACUUCUUCAUACCAAUUUACAUUCUGCUGCUUCAUGUCCACAACUUUCAAGGACAGGAGCAGAUCUACAUUUCACCAUGUUUACCAUCUUGCAAUAAAAUGUUUACCAUAUUUCCAUUUGCUACACACUUGAUUUCUAAUGCUCUCCUUUUUCUUCCACAUUUUGUAAGUUAAAACUGACUUGUGAAAAUGGCUGAAGAUGAAAUUGGACCUGGAAAAUGUGAUCUCAUAACAAGUUUCAGUAAUGCUCUGCUGAGCUAUACCAGCAAAAGAUUGAUUCUGUUGUAUUGAAAUUACUUGAAUGCAAAAUGCUGAAAUCUGUUUUUUCUUCAGGGCUUUUAAUUUUGCAUUUUUUUAAAAUGUAAUUAAAAGCACAGUCACCUUUGUUACAUUACUGCCUGAGUCCGAAUAACUUUUUAAGGUAUUUAACUCAUGUGACUGGUAGAGAUGAGAAUAAUAGGUGCUGAGAAAAAGGAAACAUGGUAUUUGAGGGGAUUGUCCAAGCUGGACUUCAUCUCAAUUCCAUGACAGUUCAGUGAAAAAUCUUCCUCUGCCCACAUUCCUUUUAUAUAUUUUAUGGUGAAGUAUUCCUUUAGAAUCUGGUUAAUUUGAAUGCCAGGAGAUGAGGGUAGUGAGAUGAUAGAUUACAUCCUUUUUAGUGUACAGGCUUCUGGCACAACGAGAGUGCUGGCCAAAACACUGUAGUUUCAUUAAGAAAGCAAUUUCUAACUCCACAUUUGGGCUAUAUACACACUAGAUGCAUCAGUGAUUAGAACUUUCUGUAGUAUGUUUAUUUCAUGACUAAGAAGUUGUAACAACUGGAGGUAGGUAAUACCCAUAUAAUUAGUGCUUUAAUUCCAAUAUUUCAGUGUGUUUUCUAUAAUGAGGAAUUUUAAAUGUGUAAGUGCCUUACUGCUUGAAACAAACGAAAAGUGUUCAUUCCCCUCCAUAGAGCAAUAUGGGAAUUUCAUUUCUGUGGACUCUUACAGACAGACCUGUUAAGCCAAAGUAACCAAUACUGGUUUGUCCAGAAAGUUGAAAAAUGUUAGGGUAGAAGUUAUUUUUUUAUGAUUUAUAAAAGUAAUCCAGCAUGCCUAUUUUAACUCUGACCUUGAUCUCAUUUCUGAGUUUUUAACUUGCUGUUCACUCUUCCCUCCACCCCUCCAUUUCCUUUCAGACUUCUGCAGAAAUGCAUCUUACAUUGUCAGGGUGAGUUUGGUCUUCCAGCAUAACUAGCUAGGAAUUUUCAACCACUUAAGGAAAUGCAACUUUUUGGAGAAGAGAAUUCAACUGAAGUUAAUUAGUCCACAACCUGUGGUAUGUGUACCAUCAAACUCCAGGGCUUAAAUGGGCUCUGUCAGCACUGAUUCGUGAAGGUGGAAGCACGGAGGAGCUUGGUGCACAGAGGUGCACUAGGCUGAGACUCCGAGCAGUUAAGCAGUAUUUCAGUGGUAUCCAAAUUAAAUGAACACAUCCUGUUAAUUUAAGUUGGUAAUUCCUCUGGGGUGGGUAUCUGGAUGGACUAAACCAUCAAUUAGUCUUGGUGGAGCAGCUCUGGGAUCUCUGCCCAGCCCUUCACUGGGUGGUGGGAAGUGUGGUCUGAAGAAGUAGUAGUUGUUUUAGUAUCUCCAGGUAGCCUCAUAAUGGACUCUGUAGGGUAUCUUCUUCUGGGAAUACUUCCUUUCCCAGAAGGUUCUGGAAUUUCACCUUUCAUGAUCUAGAUUUUCUAAAGGAUCUGGGUUUUUUUUCUUACUAACGUUUCUCUCACUUUCGUCCAUGUAUUGGAAGUCAGGUGCCAAGAAUAAGCUAAUUCUCUACAAUUAUCUUGAAUUAUAUGAACUUCUGGUAGGAAUUAUCUUAAAAAAGUUACAAAACUGUCAGAAGGAGAUGGAGUUAAUAAAGGGGGGGGGCGGUAACAGCAAAACCAAUGCUUUAGGAGGUCUAUUUCUUGCAGAUUCAUGAUCACAAAAUGGUUUUACUAUGUUCAAUUUCUUCUACUAAGCGUUUGUGAAGGAAGAAAAGAAGAAAGUGAGGGAGAAACGAAGAUAAGAAGAGUAUCUCUGAACCUUCUCCUGAAAUUUCAGAACUGUAGGCUUCCUUCCACCCCCACCCCAGUUCUUAAUUGGUAAUAUAGUGGUUGCUUGAAGUGUUACUUGUUUACAAAGCAUCACACACAAGUGUUUUAUCAGCAUUCAGCUUGCAUAUCUGAAGGUUUAGGGAGUUUGAUUUAGAGCCAUACUGCAAUAAAAUAAUUGAAUUACCACUUACAGAUACCUUAAUAACUUCUAGUUCAGUAUUAUCUCAUUUUUAGGCAUUAACUAAGUCAUUCUAUAACCCACUGAAUAGGAGGCACCGUGUAUCAAAAUGCUUUUUCAAUCUUAUGAGUUACUAUUUAUUUUAAAGUUCUUUCCUUUAAAUGAAAUUUUUCUUGCAACCAUCAGGCACACAGCCAAAUUGCUGAUAAGGAUUUUCCAUUAUCUUUCUUCUGCAUUUAGCUGAUAACUACUUUUUUGUUGCAUAGUUUUGCAACAGUGGUCUUCAUGCUGUAAGAACUUGAUGAAAAUAUUUGGUAGCCUUGGGCAAUAUUUUACAAAUAAUCCAUCUUCAAGCUGGUAUUUUAGAUGUAUACCCAUAAUUACUGUUGAGUGUGCUACCACUGUAGCUGCUUUAGUUUGUGUCAAUGUUUCAUGUGGAUUAUUUCUUGCUACCCUCUUCAGAGUGCCUUUUAAUUUAGGAGGUCUAGAGAUGGUUCACUGAAGUCUUGUGUUCAAUCUAACACAGUGAUGAUUGAUUGUUAAACUUGUCCUGAUGAAUGUAUAACUGAAAUCCUGUUCUUUAAAAAGCUGUAGUAGACAGGUUGUAUAUGCACAUGUACAUGCAUGGAUAAAGGGAACGUGUUCUGCCAAUGUUUGUCCUGCUGGACAGGACCUUUUGAAAGUAAGUGAAUUUUUUAACAGUUUUAUUUUCAAAAUGUUACCUCACUAGUAUUCAGCAGGAGGUAUGUCUCUGUACUGCUUCACUUUGCUAAAUACAAUCACAGUCAUGGUAGGCAGUUUAAAUUAAAAGACCCUGCAAUGAAUCUGGUGUCUGUAUUCAGAGUUAAGUUCCUAAGUCAGAAUUUAGGGUACUUCAUUCCCUUUAAAGGCAUUCCUUUCACGCUGAUAUCCCAUGCCCCUGUUAGCAACAAACUGAAAAAGUGCUUCCCCAUGAUGAAAUGGAAGAAUGUAAAGCAGCAUUUUAAUGCACUCCACCUGUCUUGGAAUCAAUAUUCAGAAAUGGGGGGUGUGGGGGUGUGUAGUAGGGAGGUGGAUUUAAGGAAUUGUGGGAAGAUGUAUGUUGUAGAGUUUGUUCACUUGCACACAGGGGCUUUUAUGAUGUCAUCUAGUAACGUCUACCUAAUAAAGUUUUGAAAAAGAAAA